ACCAUAUAUAUGAAACAAGCCCAUUUAAUUCUCACCAAGAGUAUGAGGAUGUCACAUGUGUGAGAAAUAGUGAAGAUCAGUUGGCUCAUGGUUCUCCACCUGAGGGGUAAGUCACAGAUGUUCUCUGAAUCCAUGGAUAACGCUCCCAAAGAAGGAGAUGAGCCACUGUCACGAUAUGGAUCACAUUCCCUUAAACAAAGUUCCCAUACCCAGAAUGUUUCCACAUCACAUAAUAGGUCACCUGUCCAAGGCAGGUCCAGCUAUGUGGACACACAACCAGCAGAAAGCAGUAUGCUAUAUGAAAACCUUCCUGAGAUAGAGGAGCCUUUGUAUGAGGAUGUUCCAGAAUCCACUAGGACGACAAAUCCAGCAGUAGAAGAACUGAUUAAUACAGAAUCGUCAUAUGUUCAUUCACUACGUUUGCUCACUUCUCAAAUUCAGCCUAAAUUGGAGCAGAUCCCAGACAUCGAUGUAAAAUGCCUUUUCUCCAACUUGGAUGAAAUUCUUUUGGUCCAUGAGUCAUUCCUCCGUGAACUCACAAAGACAGAAAAUUAUGAGCAAGACCAACUGACUUGUAUUGGAAAUUUGUUUCAGGAAUUCAGUAAGGAUAUGGAAAAUGCGUACACCAUAUACUGUUCUGGAUAUACAAGAGCUGCAUCGCUGCUAAAGCACUACCAAGAAACCCAUGUAGCUGGAAAGAUCAAUGAUGUAUUGAUUGCAUCAUCCACACAUCCGGAUCUAUCCUUCUACCUGGUAAUGCCAGUGCAGCGUAUCACCAAGUACCCCUUGUUACUUCAGCAGAUUCAGCACACUGUCCACCAGGACAAAGACUCACAAAGUGCACUGCAGAAUGCCCUUGACACUAUGAAGGAGGUGAAUGUCAACAUCAAUGAAAACAAGAGACGCAAAGAUGUUGCCACCAAGUACCUGCAAUCAGACCAGAGGACGUUAAGGGAGAAAGUGUCCUUUCUGAAUACUCAUACUAUCUCCAAGAAAUCUCAGCGUCUAAGCCAGUUUUUAAAGCAACAAGCAGGAGUGUCUCCCAAGAAAGAAGACAAGGAGUUUGAUACCCUGGCUGAGAGGUUUCAGAGACUGGCAGCAGCUGUUAACCAGGUGGAAGAAAACGUUGUAUCCUAUGUGAAGAAUGUACAGGAAUUUAUCCUUAUACAGCCCCAGACCUAUCCACUAGAGUACCUGCAGGAAACCGUCCAUCCGUUCCAGGGCUUCUCACAAGAACUCUGCAACAAUGUCUACACAGUGUUUAAGAGGCGGGUGCAAGUAUUGGUUCUGCAGCCUCUUAGUAGCCUUUCGGAGUGCUUAAAGGGGCCAAAAAAUCUGAUCCGGAAGAGAAUGGACAAACUGUUGGACUAUGAAAACCUUGAGGAGAAGUACAGCGAGACUGGCAGAAUGACACUGGAGGAGGAGGAUAUUGUGAGGAACUACAAGGCUAUCCAUUCUGUGCUGCUGUCUGAGCUGCCUAGCUGCAUCUCCCUGUCCUUGCAGUGGCUUCAGAAGAUUUUGCUAAACUUUAUAGCCCUGCAAACAGAUUUGGCUGGCCGAGGGCUUCACGCAGCAGAAGCACAAGCUUUUCAGUUGCCGCACAGCAAGGUUCCUGAGGCCCAGUUCAGGAGUUGGGUAGAAGACAGUAUACAGCAAUCAAUUUCUCAGAUGAACGCAUUUACCCAAAUAUUUGACGAGGUUGUGCCAUCUCCAAUAGUACAGGAACAAACUCCAGCCCUUGAGCGGCAAAUUGAGCAACUGUUAAGCCGCCAUGGACCUACAAAGCUCUACCAGGUGGUGAGCAACGUCAAAGGGAGCCGGGACCUGGAACUCACUCUCAGUCGUGGUGCUGUGGUGGCUGUGAUCCAGAAUGCAGACACCAAAGGGAAUAAAAAUAGAUGGCUGGUUGACGCAGGAGGCUCACGAGGAUACGUAGCAUGCAGCAAACUACAGCCCUACCAAGUAACCCAAGUACCACAGAGCCCAUCCCGUGCACAACAUUCUCCUGAGUCAAACAAUACUUUGAGAGCAUCCAAGGUGUGCCCAUAUCCAACCUCACCGUACCAUGAUACAGCCACAGCCUUCCAGGUUGUUGCUGGAUAUUCAUUCACUGCUCGCAGCAGCUAUGAAGUCAGCAUUGCGGAAGGUGAACCAGUGACCCUUCUGGAGCCGCAUGAUAAGAAUGGGAGUCCGGAGUGGAGCUUAGUGGAAGUGAGCGGCCACAGGGGUUACGUGCCAUCUAGCUACCUAGUGAGAAUACCGGUGCAAGACCGCAACCGCAGGACAUCCGCUAGUAAUGUGGUGAUCCCGAAGCGUCAGAGUCAUGAUGUCUCCUCCCAGAAGUCUGAACGUUGAAUACACUGUGUGGCUACAGCUUAUCUCAUUCUGUGUUGCUAUGAACUAACAGAAGUCAUGAUGAAAAAAUACACGUAACUGCAUAUGCACAACACACAGUCUGUAACAGGUAUAAUCAUUGUCUUUUAUAUGAUCUACAGUACAUCAUAAAUGCACAAGACUCCAUACAUUGACCUCACUAGCUAUGCAAUACCCAUUAUCCGUAGCCUCCAUGUACUGUAAUUGGUUCUUAUGAUCUUGCACUUUAACUGAUUUCAUCAAGUUAUGGGAAUCAUGUUGCAGUGUGGAUCUACAUAAUCCUUAUAUGAAUAGAAAAGAAUAGAACGUGUGUAUCCAUCUUGCAAGUCAGUACUUAGUGUGAAUACUACAGUUGCUUGCUGCACUGCCGGCUUGGAAAUCUCUUUAUAGAAGUGCUGACUUCUUGUCUUUUGUGGACCCUACUAUGAAUUGCACAGUUAUCUAUUUAUGCUCAUUUGAUUGAGACACAACCAAACACAGAUUGUAAUCUUCACUGGCCAGUUGGAUCAUGACUGAUGCACUGUGUAAAUCACUACAUUGUUAAGGUUGGUAUAAUUACACUGGAGGAUUAGAUUCUGCAAACUAAUGCAUUUAUAGUAUGUACACUGAUUGGCUAGCUUGCAUUGUUCCUAAUGCAUCUAUAGUAUGUACACUGAUUGGCUAGCUUGCAUUGUUCAUAAUGCAUCUAUAGUAUGUACACUGAUUGGCUAGCUUGCAUUGUUCCUAAUGCAUCUAUAGUAUGUACACUGAUUGGCUAGCUUGCAUUGUUCAUAAUGCAUCUAUAGUAUGUACACUGAUUGGCUAGCUUGCAUUGUUCCUAAUGCAUCUAUAGUAUGUACACUGAUUGGCUAGCUUGCAUUGUUCCUAAUGCAUCUAUAGUAUGUACACUGAUUGGCUAGCUUGCAUUGUUCAUAAUGCAUCUAUAGUAUGUACACUGAUUGGCUAGCUUGCAUUGUUCAUAAUGCAUCUAUAGUAUGUACACUGAUUGGCUAGCUUGCAUUGUUCAUAAUGCAUCUAUAGUAUGUACACUGAUUGGCUAGCUUGCAUUGUUCAUAAUGCAUCUAUAGUAUGUACACUGAUUGGCUAGCUUGCAUUGUUCCUAAUGCAUCUAUAGUAUGUACACUGAUUGGCUAGCUUGCAUUGUUCCUAAUGCAUCUAUAGUAUGUACACUGGCUAGCUUGCAUUGUUCCUAAUGGAUCUAUGUGCACUGAUUGCCUAGCUUGCAUCGUUCCUAAUGAGCUAAUGCACCUGUGUACACUGAUGGGCUAGCUUGCACUGUCCCUUACUCCUCCUGUGGGGGAAUCGAGGUUUAUAAGAACUUCUGGUGUGACAGCUACUGUAAUACAUGUAAUAAAUGCUGUUCUUUUCA